AUGUCGACGACUACUCAGUGGCCUUCCAGCACACCAGUGCUCUCCAUAUCGGAGCCCACAGACUACAAGUUCAAGUUCGUCGGCGAGGGCGCGGCCAAUUAUGUGUUUGAAGUUCUAGUGCCGCCUAGCCACGAACUUAGCAGUCUCUUCGAGAGCCAUUUAUUACGAGUUCCCAAAGCAGGAACCAAAGCACACAGCUAUGUAGAGCUACAUGAGCAUUGGCAGACGGUGGUCAGCCCGCUGUUUGAACCGCAAGACCUGGUAGACCAACGGCUCAUUCAAUUGAACGAGGGCGAAGAGCUCGCGGCCCGCUUGAACGCCGUCCUUGAAGAUGAAGAACAUGCCCGCCGGGCCGACUUCAAAGGCGGCCGCGUGGCCGUGGCCGAGUACGGGAUGUUAGUGGAGGAUAUGCGGCAGAAACGUCCCGAUGACCUCGCCUUCGAGUUCAAGCCCAAAUGGCUUAGCCAGUCCCCGAGCGCCCCUCCAACAGCCACACGCUGCCGCAACUGUGCCCGCGAACCCAUCAAAAUCGCCAAACUCCUCAAACACAACCCCAAAUUCACAUCAACCACCACCAUCACCACCAUCACCACCAUCCCCUCAUCCCCCUCACCCACCUCCUCCUCCUCCUCUCUCUCCUCAAUCGAUCCCCCCACCUCCCCAUCAUCAUCAUCUAAUAAUCCCGCAGCAUCCUUCCUCUGCCCCUUCAACUUCCUCACCUGCCCGCAUUCCCCCACCGCCCUCCAAAACGUCCUCACCCACUUCGCCACCGCCCUUCAACCCCCCAUUUCCCCAGCCACUUGCUCCCCGUCCCAAUACGCCCGCCUCACCCACUGGUUCCAAACCAACACCCUCCUCCCUCGUCUACGCGACGCCCAAGUGGCGCACGACCGCAUUGGACCAUUGGGUACGGAUCUGUCUCCAGAUCCUCACAACGGCGACGGGGACGGGGACGCGAACCAGGAAGGCGGCGGGGGAGAAGAAGGCAAACAACCGAAUGGCACGGGGAAGGGGAAGGGGAAAGAAGAAGACUUACCGCUGGCCAUGACCCUCCGCGACUGCGCGUGCUUCGUACGGAUCCCAGCCGACGAGACACUCCCGCUGGAAGCCAAGCUCGCCGACCUCGACAAGAAGAACCGGACUGCUAAGCUGAAGUAUUGGCGGGCGACGGAGCAGAUGUUGACUGAUGGGGGGUAUUAUGAGGGCAGAGGGGCUGGUGUUGGGGGGGUUGAGGUGGAUUGUCAGUUGGAUGUGGAUUGUCAGUUGGAUAACAUUUGA